AGGCGGCCGGCAGAGGGCAGGGCGGGCACGACAACCUCCCCGGCGAUAUUUUGGUGCCCUGGCGGAGGUGCCUUACAGUGCCACCUCCUUUGCCAUCGCCAUCGUUGCUAGGCCCAAGUCUCUAAGCCUCAGAGCGUCUCCGUCAAGUGCGUUUGAGGGCAAAGAAGAUGAAGUGAAGGUGGGCGCGUGUGUAAGCAUGGAGGCUGAUACGCCCACACACGCCCACAGGGAGGCGCACCAGAUCAUCACGCCCACGCCCAUCGCAUCCCCCUUUCACCUCCACCUGCACUGUGUUUAGUAGAGAAGAAAAAGAAAAAAAAACAUCUGGUUUCAGUUGGUCAAGACAACAUGGCCGACCCUCGCAGCGCCCGCGGCGGGAAGGAGGGCGUGGAGCGCGUGGUCACGCCCCCUUUCCCCGCCCAGUUCUACCCGGUGCCAGGCUACCAGGGCCCCCCCUGGUUUCCGGGCCAGGGCCCCGCAGGUCCCCCUCCGCCGUGGCCCGCGUCGUGGAGCGGCCCCCCCAUGGGCUUCCCGGCGCCGCCCGCGGCCUGGUCGUCCCCGCAGAGCAUGAUGCCGUCCAGCACGACCAGCACGACGGCCGCCAUGCCGUCCGACGAGUACACGGUGGACACCAUGCGGCGCAUCUACAACGACGACGACGGCCGCGUCGAGAUCCAGCGCGUCAAGGUGCAGCGCCGCCCUCCUGACGCGGGCGCGCUCGCGUACCCGACCGGGCCCGAGGCCAUGAGCGUCGUGCCCGUCGGCAGCUUUCCCCUGAACGAGCGCCGCCCUCCGCCCAGGAAGAAGAAGCAGCUGCAGGCUCUGCAGGCGGCGCAGGGACAGGGCUAUCCCUGGUACCCCUACAUGCCCUGCAUGCCGUACCCCGUGCCCUACCCCUACUACUACGGCGGCUGCAUGUGGACCCCCGGCGCGCCCACGAGCCACAUGGGCAGCACCCCGGCGUGGGCGGGACAGGAGGAGAGCGAGAGGACGUCGUCGCGCCAGGACUCGUUGCCCACCACGCUGGACUCGCAGCGCCUCGAGUCCCGCUCGUCGGACCCCCUGAGGGGCUCCAUCUCCCCCGUGUCGCAGCGCUCGCCCUCGCCCGCCGCCGGCUCGCACGUCACGGACGCCCACAGCCUGGCGCCCUCGGACAGCGUGUCGAUGCGCGGCUACAAGCGGGAGUCGUCCCUGGAGCGCGCGCUCAUGUGCCCGACGCCGCCGCCGCGCACCAAGAGCAGGAGCGCCGAGCGGAAGUCCAGCGCCGACGUCGGGAAGAUGCAGGAGUGGAUGUUCGACAUGCACAGGGCCAUCCUGGCCUCCAACGACGGCGCCUCGGACGCCGACAAGUCCUCCUUCGCCACCGCGCCGACGGACGUGGAGCCAUACAAGAGGGCGCCCCCGAGGAGGAAGAACCGCGCGGCGCGGCUCGCCAACCUGAGCGAAAGGAGUUCCCUGAGCGACCAGAAGGACCUGGACGACGCCCUCGAGAAGAGCAGCAUCACGUCGAUCGGGUCUGACGAUUCUCUCAAGCUGAGUUCAGAGCUGACUUACGCCUUCAAGAAGUUAGAGCAGUCAGUCGACGCGUUCAAGACGAAGGUGUCGAGCGACUCCACCCCAGUCCACACCCCACAGCGGCUGUCCUCCCCGCCCCCCUUGCAUUCCAGCGGGGAGGAAACGCCCACAGAAGCCAUGGAAGACGCGGUGGUGACCCUCGACGUCACCGGCGCGGAGAAAAGCGUCACGGACGUCACUCUGGCGAAGUCCGACGCCACUUCAGAUGACCCGUCUUCCCCUCCUCCGCUAGAAACCAUCUCCCCGACCUUCUUCAACGAGGCGCAGACCCCACAGGCGCCGAAGGAGGAAGGAGGACAAGCUGCCAAAGCGGAGGAGAUUCCGUCUCCGCAAACCACCUCAGACACGAGCAGUUCUCAGACCUCCCAGACGUCCGUGGCGACGACCUUACAAACCACGGACGUCAGCGCGGCCCAUCCCAGCGAAGCCGAAGGAACCAAAACAACACCAGAAGCCCCAACUCCCGAAGCCAAGGAGACACCCACAGCGCCACCACAGCCUCCGGACGGACCACCGGCCUCCCCCUCCACAGAAAAGCCCAAGGAGGAGACCCAGACCAUCCCCCAAACCACGGAAAGCGUCCCCUCAGCCACAGCAACGGAGAAACAAGUCCCUCCAGUCGACAGAACCGACGCUUCUCACCCUCCUCUUCCCUCGGAAAUCGAAGCCAAAGCGAAUGAAGAAGAGGCAAGCGGUCGAGAAUCAAGAGCAAGCGAGAGCACCUUCUUCUCCAUCAGAGCUUCCGACGAUCAGCUGCUCGUAGACACAGACUCCACAGACAUCUUGCUGCCAACCACAGAUGCCACCACCGCAGAUGAGGGUGAGGAGCACAUGGAUUCGGCGGUGGCGAGUCCCACGCUGGAGGACUCCGAGGGCUACCAGUGGGUCCUGCAGCAGCCUGGCGAGACACCCGAGCUCAGCGGGGCCAAGGGGGACGAGCAGAGGAACGCGUGGCGGGCGGAAGUUAGCCUGUGGAGAGCCCGUCUCGUCGUGUCCUUAUGUCGAGGUCGAGGUCUCGAUCGCCAGGACUGGUCCACCUUCCACCUCCUGGUCCGCCACCCUCUCACACUCGACCUCAAGCUCUCCCUCCUGCACGCGCCUCGACUCUGCGCCGCCAACUCGACCGUCGGCGCGGCUCUCGUGAGGGUGGCACUCAUCCAUCUGGCACAGUACGGCGAGGCACUGUUGCAGCCCGACUCCUCCAGGCAGACGGGGUGGAGGUCCAUCAAGGUCGAUCCCAACCAGUCUUGGGCUCCUGUCAAGGGCGCCAUAGAAAUCCUUCAAGCGCUAGGAUACAAGCAGCGAGAAGACGGCAUCCUCCGGUAUCCUCGACGUUCAAACACUGAGGUCUCGGUCCUGGCUCGUCUCACGCUCGACAUGCUCGUCCUGGCAGAGGAACUUCGCCUCUACUUGACCGGGAUGCACCAGUACCCGACCAACAUCUCCGACCUGUUCUUCUCGGCCACCAGUCCCAUUGCUUCUUCGCCAGACCAUCUGAUGCAGGAUCUUCCUCAGAGACCACAGUCCUCUGCCAGCUCGUACAGCUUCCUAUCGGCGCAGUCUAGCGCGUCACUCGACAAAAGGCCAGAGAGCAGAGCGUCCAUAUCAGAUGAAGAAACGGAGACUCUUCAGGAAUCCGUACAGCACACCAAAGGUCCCGCCAAGAAGGCACGGCGGGAUUCUUCUUCUGAAGAGGAAGUCACCUUACGAGAAGAUACGAAGGACGUGAAAGGAGACAGCACUGAAGCCGUGCAGGACGAACUUGCUGGUGAGAUGCCUACAGAAGAAGCUCCUCUACCAACUGAAGUCCUUCGGAAAAAGGAGGAUAUGCGAUCAGGUUCAGUGCUCGCCCUCCCUCUGAAUCCCAUAGACAGGUCAUCUCUGAGUACGAUGACGAGCAUGCCAGAUCUCCAGUCACUCCGCUCCAGCACCAUCUCUCGAGACAGCCAACAUCGCCCUGAAAGCAAGAACUCAGCCGCCCCGCCUUCCACGCCAACAGGAGAGGCGACGACAGGAAAUGACAACCCCGAAGAACACAUCUAUGAGGAAAUCGAUGUGAUUCGUGCUCAGGUGCAAGCGCUAAGAUCUGCGAGUGUCCCGGCACACACCCCGCCACCUCCUCUCCCUCCAAAGAAGAAGGUGAGUUCUGGCGGAGAAGAUGACUCGAACUUGAGCGUAACGUACCCUAGCAUGGAGUGGACGUCAGCCUCCACCCCAGGCUCCCUGAGAGGUGGUUCAACAGGCGCCCGAAGGAAGAAGAGAAGAGCGCCAAUGCCCCCGGAUUUCAUGCCCCCUGACUGGAGAGAUUAUCAGAACAGAAGUGUUGAAAAUGCUAGCAGCAAAACUCAAGAUCAGGCAUCACAAAGUCCUAAAGAAACAAGUGAGGAAGAAAGGAAGAGAAAAGAAGAAUACAGAAGAUCACUGAAUCCAUUCUAUGAGGAAAUCGACUCUGUCAAAGAGAAAGUGAAGGAAAUACAGGCUAAGGAAGAGGAAAAGAAUCCCUUUAUCAGGGAGGAUGUUGCAGUAGCAGGAUACAUAGGGAAAAAUCCAUUUUAUGAAGACGUUGAACCCUUGAAGAAAGACGCCAAAGAAAGUUCUGAGGAAAUCAAAAAGAACAAAGAUUAUGAGAAGUUGCAAAAUAUACGAAAAGGCGAAAAUGGGAAGGUAUGUGGCAUGGGAUCGCUCGCUGAACUACAGGAUGACUCAGUACAGACGAGACCAAAGCGGAAAGCACCUCGCCCUCCACCCACACCAGAUCCAACCUCUGCUUCAGCUGCAGAGAACACGUCAGUAACCAUUUCAAGUUCUGAAGUUACUGAAUCAACCACCUCCACCCAACAGCCUUCAUCAACUCCACAGCCUCCUACUUCUUCACGGCCUCCUUCCGCUCCACAGCGGUCAUCAACCCCACGCUCUUCUUCCAUUCCACGAACAGCAUCCACUCCCCAACCUUCAUCAACCGACCAGUCAUCAACACAGCAUCCAUCAACCUCCCAACGCCCACCAACUCCAAAGCGAGCUUCAACUCCACGAAGAUCCUCCACCCAAGACACUCCCAUCCCUCCAGAUGCUCAGAAUCAAGGAGAGCAAACGAAAAAUGCCGAUGCAGAUGAAACCAAGCCACCAAUACCCGCCAAACUCCGAAAUGGAGAGAAAAGUAGUGCCAACACCCCCUCGGAGACGGCUAAAUCAACAGCAAGCGAGCCCCAAAGUAGUUCCCAACCACAGCAAGACGUCAAAGAACCAGAAACUCAAAAGGAAGAGGCGAGACAAGUCAUCUCGAAAGCCAUCAAGAACCAGCAACAGCGGAUACAGCUCCAACACCCAAAGACUCCACCUCCACCACCACCAUCAUCCUUGAAACCAGUGCCUCCACCUUCUGACGUGAAAUCAACCGAAGAAAAGAAAGAGGAUUCAGGAAAAGCGGCAGAUCCAUCAGCAACGGCGCCGCCAAGAGACUCACUGGCCUUUCUGGACGACAUUCCGUACAUGGAUGCAAACGAAGUCAAAGAUGCCAAGACGAAGACAUCGGACUCGAAAGACCAGCAGAGCUGUCAGUACGAGGUCAUAGAGCCCCCCGGGAAAAUCAUCGUGCCCGCCCAACUCUCCCCGACGGUCAUGAGGCAGACCGCCCUUCUGCUGCGAGGAUCCCGCACGGUUCCUUUCAUCGACGAGUCCGACCUCCCCCCUGACUGCCCUCCCCCUCCUCCGCCAGGACCCCCGCCCGAUUCGCCACCGACGUCGCCACCCGAAACGCCUCAUACUUCCCCCCCUGAGACCCCUCACACCUCCCCUCCCGAAACGCCCCAAGGAUCGCCAAUCCCUAUCCGCGUUAGCCUCUCUCUCCCCGCGUCAGCUGCCACCACCCCCGGAGUAAAGAAAACGGAAGCAGACAAAGCAAGAGAAACCGAACGGCUUGGAAAGACAACAGACGCGUCACAGAAAGCAGAGGACGAGGACCAGCCACCCGCACUGCCGCCCAAAACAACCGUAGCCUCGUCACCAAAGACUAAAAUCACCGAAACCAAACAAACGACGGAACAAACGACGCCGCAAACCAAGCCCCCGGAAGACAAACAAGCGAAAACGACGCACCAAGACUCGAACCAAAAGGAAGAGCCAAAGAAAGAAAACGAACCAGCGUCCAGUCAGCCGUCAGUUCGGAAGUCCGUGUCCGAAGACCGCUACGAGAUCCCGGACACAUCGAAGCCGCCAGCCACGAGUCCGGACAGUAGCCAGUCCUCAAAGACCGAGAAAGGAGACGACUCAACAGGGACGACUCAGGACGCGUCAGAAGGUCCCUCUGGCGAGUCUAACGUUCCUGCUGCGGUCUCUGACAAGCGAGAGGUUCCUGAAGCGGCGAAGGAGAGCGUGGUCGAGGAGCGCUAUGAAAUUCCUGAGGUUGUGAAGGAGACGGCGCUGAACGGUGGAGCUAGCAGUGUGCCCCGGUCGUUCCUGGGCCCCGUCGUGACCAACCUGGAGGCGGUGUUCGGCCCCCCCAAACCCCCCGCCGCCGCCGCAACCACCACUCCCCCCGCCCCCAGACCCCCCAAGUCGCUCUCCCUGGACGCCUCGGGGCCGCCCAAACCCCCGCCCUCCAAGGCUGGGAGUCUCGUCGUGGUGGGGCGGCCCGGCUCCACGACCUCCUCCUUCAGCACGACCUCGGGGACGACCUCGGGAUCGGCCGCGCCCGCCACGCCCUCGUCGACGCCCGCCACGCCCUCGUCGACGCCCGCCACGCCCCGGCCGCUGAAGGAGGACAAGGGCAAGGCGGCGAGGAAGUCGUGGCCCUUCCUCCUCUGCGACUGUCUCUACGCCAACUGCCGGACGUACGACAGCGCGAAGUGAAGAGAUAAAGAGAUAAGAGAUAAAAGGAAUUAAUUAUUAUAUUAAAAAAGGGGAAUAAAGAUGAUCUUCCUUGCCCUGGGUGCGGCUCGGUGAAUUAUGAAAUCGAAUCUUACAAGUGAAUACGACUAGGGUACGACAGUGAAUUAUAUAUAUAUAGAAAAGUCUUCCUUGCAUUGGGUACGACUUCAUCAUGAAAACAUCAUCUUCCUUGCCCUUCGUACGACUCAGUGGAUUAUGAAACCGCAGUGAAUACGACUCGGGCACGACUCAAGAAAUCAUAUAAAAAAGCAACAGAAUCUUCCUUGCUCUAGGAACGACUCCAUCAUAAACAGACAGAAUCUUCCUUGCUCUAGGAACGACUUCAUCAUAAAAAAGACAGAAUCUUCCCUACACUCGGUACGACUUAAUUACGCAUGCAACAAAAUCCUUCCUUGCAAUGUGUACGACUCAGUGACCGAUGAGACCGAAUCGUGAUUAAGGUCCAUUGCAACUCGUGGCAAUGACUUCCAACACAGUGAUCCGCCCGCAUUCUUAUCGUAAAUAUUAUCAUGAUUAUUCUCUCCUUGGUCGAGCAUUUUGGGAAAAUUCACCGAUACAUCAAACACAUGACAAUAUGGUGCUGUGAAAUUUACGUACUGUGAUGUUUACACGUGAGUGAAUGUUGAGAAACGCACAUGUAUGUAUUAUACAUUUUCUCUUUGAUUUUUAAAAGGUCUUGUUUCCUUUCUAUGACGUUACUUGCUUGAUGUUAUUGUUGUGCUCGUGGCUGGACAGCAAUCUGCCUAAACAGUGUAAUAAGUCUGCUAUAAUUUUUUUUUCUUGUGCUCCUUGUGUGCCAAUAAACAAGUACGCCUUU